AUGUCCGGUGCAGCACGUAAGCGAGGCGCAGGUCGCGCGACUCGAGGUCAACAGACAUCUGACUCGUCCUCCUCACGACGUGGUGAUCGGCUCCAAGUUCCACGCGGCGGUUUUGACGGCCCUGCCUCUCGAGGCAGCGCCUCAGCCUCUGGUCCCGGUUCGCAUGGCAGACGCCCGUCAAACGUACCGUCUGUUGGCUCUGGAAGAGGUUCACCAAACCCCCCCCUUCAAGGCGGCUUCGCACCACUGACACCUUCCCUAGAAUCCCGACGGAGCAGUCAAUCCGGAGGUCAGCCACCAGCACAAGCACCACAAGCUGCACCAGCACCACAGCAACCAAGUGCCUCAGGACCUCAAGGCGAUCCUGCUCGUGACCGACCAUCUCGGUUCACUGAUCAGAUGCGCAACAUUGAUCUGCCUGCUUCAUUCUACAAUGUUGACCAAUUGUAUGCUUUGCCCACCGAAUUCACCCAGCGUCCGGGUUACAACAAUACUGGAAAAGCAGUCAGACUCAAUGUCAACGCAUACGCAGUUACACAAUAUCCCACUGCGAAGGUGUAUCAGUACGAUGUUGUUAUCGGAAACGGCAACGAGAAGCGUGUCGUGCAACGAAAGGUUUGGAACUCCAAAGCACGCAAAGAUGCUACGAGCCCUGCAAUGAUCUAUGAUGGCAACCGUCUCGCCUGGUCACUAAACAAACAUGGCGAGAUCCGUCUCAUGGUGGACCUCGAUGCGGAGGAGGGUCGACCAUCACGAGGGGAGAGAAAUACCUUUCGCCUGCACAUCAAGCAGACACGUGAAGUCAGCAUUGGAAUGAUCCAACAGUUCCUCGAAGGCAGGGUUCAGAUGAGCCCGGACAUUCUACAGGCAAUCAAUUUCAUGGACCACCUCUUGCGCGAGGGCCCAUCAAACUCCAACCAAUUUGUUGCGGUCCGUCGUUCAGUGUUCAAGCGUCAAGGUCAGCGAGCUGAUCUUGGAGGCGGCAUCGAAGUGUGGCGCGGCAUUUAUCAGUCCAUGCGUCUUGCUGAGGGCAAGAAACUCAUCAUCAAUCUCGAUGUGGCAAACUCUUGCUUCUGGAAACCUAGUUCACUCACCGCUGCCAUGGUUACCAAAUGGAAAGAAAUCAAAGACGUCAACGACAUUGCCUACCAGAUGCGCCCCACCCAGGCCAAUGGAUCCAAGACUCCUAAUGCCUUCCACAAAGCCGUCGAGAGAGCCUUCAAAGGCAUGGUUGUCACUGCCCAGUACAAAGGCAACCCCAUGCCUGGCAAAGAAUGGAAGAUUCAUCGAUUCGAUGUCAACAAUGCGAACGAGGAGAGAAUCGAAUGGAAAGAUCCCCAGACGAGGAAACCAACCGGCGAGAUGCUUAGCAUUGCCCAGUACUUCAAGCGGAAGUACAACAUGGCACUUCAACAUCCUAACCUACCACUGGUGGAAAUGACCAAGAAGGGUGUCAAGUAUCCUAUGGAAUUUCUCUAUCUGAUUGAUGGUCAGCGCUAUGGUUCCAAGCUAGACGAGUUGCAGACAGCCAAUAUGAUCAAGUUCGCCGUCUCUCCACCAGCUCGCCGCCUGGAAGCGAUCAGCGAAGGAAAGUCGUGGCUCAAUUGGAGUGGCGACAAGCAUAUCACCAACUACGGCCUCAGAGUCAACGAAAAGCCAAUCAUGACAAAUGCCAGAGUUCUUCCGGCACCGGGGGUUAAGUUUGGCAACAAUCAAAUAGAGAAUCCCGGCACUCGAGGUCGAUGGGAUCUCCGUGGCAAGAAGUUCCUGAAGACCAACCCUCAAGAACUCGUUUCAUGGGGUGUAGGUAUCUUUCCGGGCAGAAAGCCGGACAGAGCUCUAAUCGACAAAUUCUGUCUUGAUUUUGCUAGAGCUUACCGCAACCACGGUGGUCACGUUGCCAAUAAGCCUCCCCUCGUCAAGUUGCUGAACCAAGACGCUGGCAAUGCAGUUGAGGAUCUCCAUCAAUCGACCGGUAAUCACUUCCAACGUCGUCCCCAGCUCUUGAUAUUCUUGGUUCAAGACAAGAACAGUUUCCACUAUCUCCGCAUCAAGAAGUCCUGUGACUGUCGAUACGGUGUGGUGUCGCAAGUUAUGCAGCUCCAACAAGCCACGAAAGGAAAUCCUCAAUAUUACUCCAAUGUUUUGAUGAAGGUCAACGCCAAACUGGGUGGUACCACCUCCCAGACCGUCCCCGCACCCACUAGCGGAACCAAACCCUUCCAAGUUCCUACUAUGUUCAUCGGUGCUGAUGUCUCUCAUGCUUCACCUGGAAGUACGCAGGCAUCCAUGGCGGCUCUGACGGUGUCAUUCGAUCGAUUCGGCGGAAGAUACGCUGCCGCUUGUCAAACUAAUAGCCAUCGUGUCGAGAUGAUUUCUGAAGUUAAUAUGCGAAAUAUGUUGAAACCUCUAAUCGCUCAGUGGAUAUCUCAAGUCGGUGGUGGUCGCGGCCCGCAACAAGUCUACUACAUCCGAGAUGGUGUAUCUGAGGGCGAGUUUGCACACGUCAUCAAUCAAGAGGUGCCUCAUAUCAAGGCAGUUCUCGAGGCCUGUUCGAACACCAAGCCGUGGAACGGCAACAUCACCGUCAUCAUCGCAUCCAAGCGUCACCACAUCCGCUCUUUCCCUGUUGACAGAGACGCCGGUGAUCAAAAGGGCAAUCCUCUCCCAGGUUGCUUGAUUGAGCGAGAUGUUACCAUGCCUAAUGAAUUCGACUUUUACCAGUAUUCUCAUGUCGCGUUGCAGGGGACUUCUCGUCCAGUCCACUACACCGUUCUGCACGACGACGCCAACCAUCGUCCUGAGACUAUCCAGAAUAUGAUAUAUGAGCACUGCUAUCAGUAUAUGCGGUCUACAACCUCGGUGUCUCUUCACCCAGCUGUGUACUAUGCUCAUCUUGCCUCCAAUCGUGCCAGAGCACACGAAGAUUUGUCCGCGACCCUGGGCCCUCAAUCUGGCCCUGGUUUCAAACAGAACGCUCCUUCACGAAGUUCUGAGCCAUCAGACUCCGAAGUUAAGCCACUCAUGCCUCUCUUCAAUGCCAACGGCAUUGUCUUUGCGAUGUGGUAUAUCUAA